UUCUGCGGAGGGUCAGGGUUUCUGUCUGGUGUGGGCUGGGGGCCACAGGCUGACUAGGUCUCACUGCUUCUCUGACCUCCCACAGCUCAGCCUCUUCCGAGCCCACCAUCCACAGGGGGCUACCGCAGGGUACCCAGUGAUAGCCUUGGCCUCAAGGAGCGGGGGACUAGCUCUCCCGCGAAUGGUCACCGCUUUUUCCCGACGGUGGAUUUGUUUCUGACCUUUGACCUGGAGCUUCUCUGCCCACCCAGGUCCCUGAACUCCACUCAGGCGUCCAGACCUCCUGUGGGUGAGGAGGGAACUGCUGAGGAAAGGCCCCCCUUCUCUCCGACCCUCCCUCACUCCUGCGGACCCUACAUCCAGACAAGGGUUUUCUUAGUGUCUUUGCAAAGGCAUAGAAUCGGACUGUAGCCAGGGCGGCUCUGUCCUGUCUGCAUAUUCAAGCUUCUUUCUACCCGCUUCUACCUGCAGAGUCUCGGAGGCCGGAGCUGAGCCUCCAGCUGACGACGAAAGAAAAUGGGCGUGAGAGAGGUGUUCAGAGCCACCCAGCUUACUAGAGGCCGAGCCAGCACUAGCCCCCAGGGCUCCUGUCCGGAGGAGGCUGGGCGGGGCCCUCAUCGCUAAGCCCCGCCCCUCCCCACCCUCCACCCCUUCAGACCUUCUCAUGGAUUUCCUCUCCUCCAGGGGCAGGACUCUGAUAGGAGGUCAUGGAGAGAGAACCCAUGUCUCUGCAGAAUUCUUGGAUCAAACUCCAGUGUGUCUCUAUCCUGAGUAGGAACUUACCUAGGACCAACCUCGUGUCUAUUCAGGAGAGAUAGGUGUGGGGUCCAGUUGAUGCUUCCAGCCACAGUAAAUUUGCUCCUGAACCUUCGUGUUCCUGUUCCCUGGGAAAAUGAGGAAAGGAGGAGGAGGGCUCAGGAGAAGUCAUCAGAUCUUGUCCCAUAUUUGGUGUCUGCUUUUCCCAGACCAGCAAGGAAGGACCAUGUGCCAGGGGUCGUUAUCAUUCAGAGACGUGGCUGUGGGCUUCACCCGUAAGGAGUGGCAGCAGCUGGACCCUACACAGAGGACCCUGUACCGGGAUGUGAUGCUGGAGAACUACAGCCACCUGGUCUCCGUGGGCUGUCAAGUCACCAAACCAGCUGUGAUCUCCAGGUUGGAGCAGGGGCAAGAACCGUGGAUGAAGGAGGAAGAGAUCCUCAGAUGGAGCUUUCCAGAAGUUUUGCAAGUUGAUACCCAAGUAGAUAGACAACGGGAACACCAAGACAAACUUUUGAAGCAAGUUGCACUCCUAGACAAGAAAAAAUUGACCCCAGAAGGGCACAACGCAUGUAACACAGUUGAAAAAAACACCUGUCCGAACACAAACGUUGUUUCUUCAGGACAACAGGUCCCUAAGUGCGAGUCGUGUGGAGCAGCCUUGCCGGGUAAUGCAGGCGUUACUCCUAACGCGUACCUUGCAAGAAGGAGAUUUGAAUAUGAUGCACAGGGGAACUUAUUUCUCUAUUCUAAGCUGGAAACUCCACAUUCUGGGGCACACCCACGUGAAUGUAACCAAUGUAGAAAUGCUUUAAGCCGUGACCAAUCCCUUAAUGCUGAUCAGAGAACCGACAGUAACGAGAAACCCCACAAAUGUACCAAAUGUGGGAAAGGCUUCUCCCAUAAAUCAGAACUCAUCACCCAUCAGAGAGUCCACAGGGAUGAGAAGUCCUCUGGAUGCAACGACCAGGGGGAUGGCGUGAGGGAGGAGAAGGUUUGCCUCAGCAAAAAACGUCCGGGAAAUCACACAGACGAGAAACCCGGUGGAAACGGCAAAUGUGGUAAAAAGAUCUCCCCAGAAACAAGCCUCUCCAUACCCGAGGCCAUUCUGGCUGGAGAGAAGCCUUAUAAGUGUUCAGACUGUGAGAAAAUCUUCUCCCACAAGUCACGUCUCAUUGAACACCACAGAUCCCACACAGGAGAGAAACCCUACGGCUGCGAAGAAUGUGGGAAAUCUUUCUCCCGGAAGUCAUGCCUCAUUAUCCACUACAGAAUCCACACAGGAGAGAAGCCGUAUGGCUGCAGCCAGUGUGGGAAAGCCUUCUUCCAGAAGUCACACCUCAUCCUUCACCAGAGGACUCACACCGGAGAGAAACCCUACGAGUGCAGCGAAUGUGGGAAGGCUUUCUCCCAAAACUCCUGCCUCAUCAUACACAAGAGAACCCAUAUGGGCAAGAAGCCCUAUGAAUGCUCUGACUGUGGGAAAACGUUCUCCCAGAAGGCGAACCUCAUCAGACACCACAGAAUUCACACCAGGGAGAAACUGUACGGAUAAAGUGACAGAGAAGGUUUUCAUCAGGAAUUCCCAACACAUCUAGGAAUGAAAACCCUGUGGAUUUUGUGAACGUGGAAAAUCCUUCAGCAAGAAGUCCAAUGCCACUGUGGGCAGACCUUUCUACCAAUUUGGAGAACUAGGAAAUGCUUAUUCUCUUAAAACUAAGGAUAGAAGGCUAAUGAUGCUCUAGAGGGAUCUAUUUUUAUAGGAUAAACUUAACUAUGAAGUGUAUCUGUGUCUACAUUAACUGUGGCUAUUGAGCUCUAAGUGAAUAAUUUAAACCAUUAAGACAACAGAUUGAAUAAGCCACAGAACAAUCCCAGGGGUAUGUGGGGACUAUGUUCCUGGAGAUGCUACAUAAACAGAAUUUUAUUUUACUUAUUUUUGAACUGCAUUUGUAGUUGAACAUAAUUGUGAACUUGUAGACACAGAUACCAUAAUAUGUAGGAUGACAUCUAUCAAGAGUUUCCACACUAAAUUACACCCUUUUGUCUUUAAUAUACGUUAUAACUGGGAUUUACUACUCAACCGGAAGUCCAUACACCGUACCACAUACCAUUUGGUUUUUUGUUUGCCGGCAAGUAUUACAGAGUCCCCCUGGAUCUGGAAACCAGCAAUUUCAUGACAUCCCCUGAUCUCUCUCCAUCAACUAGUUUAUAAGUCAUGUUAAAUGAGUAAGGUUGGGACUCCCUUUUCUGGCAGUAUAGUGGACCACCUAAAGUGAAAAACGUUCCACUGUAAACCACUUGAAAUGAUGGACAAUAACAGGUAACAUUCUUUUAAAUGCAUAAUUCAGCUUGCAAGAAAAUCAGUGAGGUUUCCAGGUGCCAGUUCCAGAGGGAACUGAAAAGUGUGUGAGUUGAUGCUGUAAGCUGCCCUGUAGGUUUGUUUACCCAGAAGCUUGGGUGUUAAAAGCUAUAGGCAGAAGGCUUGGCACUGAAAUACCUCAUAAAUUGAGAAGUUUCAAAAGCCUGUACAUACAGGGAAAGGAUGGACCAGAGAAAAACCUGCUCAUUUGCUCAGGAAGCUUGCCUGUCUCUCCCUGGGCUCUAGUAGGGAAGGAAUUUACCCUGACGAUUCACAAGCCAUGACCUGCACCUCUUAUGAGUUAGAAUUGUGAAUUUGCCCUACUCAUAUCCCGGUUGAAAAACUGAACAAUUAACAUAGAAAUUUGUCCUGGUCUUUGAAACAACUUUACAGAAGCAAACACAAACUAUUCUUGGAGGAAGACACCCUCAACCUGUGUUUCUCAGGGUUCUGACAUACAAACCCAAGAUGAGUUCAUAAUCCAGAAUAAUAAAAUGUGAAGAACGUCAACAGACAUUUUAACAAAAUAAAAACCUCAAGCCUUUUAAGGUGAUAGAAAAAUCUGAAAUUCUAUAAAAAUGACUGUCUUGAAAAAUGAUGAAAAACAAAAAAUCAAAACUGCAUGAAAGCAAAGACACAAAGAAAGAUAACUGGCUUAUUUGGAAAAAGAACCACAUAGGGUGUCUAGAAAUGAAAAAUAUAGUCACUGAAAUUUAAAACUCAAUGUUAAAAUAUUCUACAUGUCAAACAGUAGAUUAUACUCAGCUGAAGAAAAUGGGAACAGGAAGGCAGAGCUAUAAGCCAAUUCACAGAAUUCAGUAUAUAGAGAGGUGGAAAAUGUGAAAGAAUGGGGGAAGAGACAUAAAAAUGAGAAGAGCAGGGACUUCCCUGGCGUCCAGCGGUUAAGACUCCAAGCUUCCACUGCAGGGGGCAUGGGUUCGAUCCCUGGUCAGGGAACUAAGAUCCCGCACGCUGCAAAGCACGGCCAAAAAAAACCCCAGAAAAAAAACAAAAAAAAAAAAAAAGAGAGAGAGAGAGAGAGAGAGAAGAGCAAACAGGAGCUCCUGAAAAACAAAAUGAAAAAACGGAAGAAAAGUAAAUAUUCAAAGAUAUAUUGGCUCAGAUUUAACAAAAGAUGUGCAUUAACAUGCAUAUGUGUGUGCAAUAUAUAUGUAUAUAUAUAUGCAUAUAUAGACAUGCAAUAUAUGCCUAGCUGAAUCACUAAAAAUAAGUUCCCAUCUAGAUGUACUCGAUGUAUAUCCAUCCAGAGUUUAGCCCGUCAGAGUUUAGCUAAGCUGCUCUCUAGUAUUGCUGCCUCGUCAUCCAUCGUGUUUGGUCAGAUGGCUGCAGGGACCUUAAGCUGACACUAGCCCCUUGUGCAAGGACAUGCCCUAUAGCAGCCGCUCGGCCACAAGCAGAUGUAAGUCCCUGGUGUGACUGUCCCGCAGCCCUUGUGAUCAGUAGCUCACCUGCCUCCCAGUGCCUGUAAGCUUUACGCGCCCCUUAGCCAGGACCCCCGUGAGCUUACCAAAACCCUGCUCUUUGGGUUUGGAUUGACCGAUCUGGUCCUAACCUAGAAACCCCAGAGCACUCCCCCCGUGGACCCUAAUAAAGGGAUGUGUGCCAAGUCCAGUCCCUGUCUGCACUCCGCCUUGACCUCCCCUGGGGCCCCUCCAGGCAUGCUGUGUGCUUGGUCCAGGCCCUGUGAGUAAUAAACUUGCCUAUUUCGAUUUCUCCGUGGUCUGUAGCUGAACCCACUCAUCGUCCUGCACCCUGUGCUCCACUUAACAAGUGUUAAUUUCACGAAGUCUUCACAGAUGGGAACAGGAUGGUAGAAUCUUGCAAUUGGCUGGUGGAGAAAGGCCUUUGGCUGGCCAACGGGCUGUGGAAGUUGCCACCCCGCAGAGGGUGAACUCCCCCAGUGGGUGUUAGACUUUGGGUGUAUUUCCCCACUCCAGGCACAGACCCAGCUGCCGACUGUUAGGCGACUUGGCCACGGUUUCCGAAAGGUCCUGUCGGGGCAGGUGAGGGCUGAGAUGCACCCUGCCACGAGCACGCAGCCACCACCGACUCACCAAAGCGCUGGUUCUAGGCUCCGAGGUCCCAGCUCCGGUGAUCCUGCUGCCUCUGCGCUGGUGGGGGUGAGCCGGAUCCUAGUGAGGCUGACUGGGACACCCUGAGGGGAAGCAGCCGCCUAUGAGUCCGGCUGCCUGGGAUUCCACUGCAGACCUUUAUGGUAACAUCCCCAAGGCCAAGUCAGUUGUCAGGGUGGCAGGUAAUAGAGAAUUAGAAGCUGAAACUUGAAACUGUAUUGCAUCUUUGAAAGUUGCUGAGUGAGUGAAUCUUGAAAGUUCUCAUCACAAGAAAAUAAAAUUUGGCAAUUACAUGAAGUGAUGUUCACUACAGUCGUCACGGUGAUCAUUUUGCAAUGUACACAAAUCGCAAAUCAUUGUGUUGUACACCUGAA